AGAGAGAUCCAGUCUGUGCCACUUUUCUCUUCAGCUCCACUGACAGAGAGGGGAGAGCCAGGAAAGUGAUAUUUCAGAGGAUCCACGGACGCGUGGAGAGGGAGAAGAAGCAAGAACAGGCCGGGCACGUGAAGCAUUCGCAAAGAGAGAAUCACAAAUAUAGGAUCGACAGAUAACGAUGUAGCCUGUACUUCAGCUGGGUGAGCCGCUAUGCUGCCAACAACGAAUCCUCCAACUGUGGCCAGGAGAUGAGAUCGACAGGCUGUAAUUGAGCUACAGCCAAUGCGCAGACGCUGUUCUACCACCUCCAUCAAAGUUACAGAUAAAAACGCUCUGAGUAACGGAGUCCUAGUUUACAAAGGGCGCACUGUAAUUUGUAUUUGUUGUAUCUGCAGCUGCUGUAGAAAGCUGUCAACAAUAUAGAUGCUCAAUUUGCUCAUUAUUCAACAAUGUUUUGAUUGACGAACAGUGAAGCACUACUACUUUAAACACAUUUCUAGCCUAAAUGGUUCAUGUAAAAAAAUCAACUUUUCUUAAGCUGCUAUUGUGACCUGUGAGGAUUAUGAGGCCAAAUUCAGUAUUUCUGCAGGCACAGUGUCUCCUGUGUGUGUUCAUUGGUGUAUGUGUGCCAACUGUUGUUGUGGGCUCGCUCCCUCACGCACUACCAUGGCACGUCUCCUGCCCAGUCCGGUGUGUGUGUCAGAUCAAGCCUUGGUUCUCCCCUGAUUCUGUCUACCAUGAAGCUCCUACUGUGGACUGCAAUGACCUGCUGUUGACCAGGCUCCCUUCACCCAUACCCCCAAACACACACACCCUGCGCCUGCAAAGUAACCUUCUGUCUGAGAUCGACACUGCCGCGCUGCAAGCACUGUCCAAUCUCACCGACCUUGACCUUUCUCAGAAUCGCUUCAGCCAUGUCAGAACAAUAACUAAGAGCUCCUCCCUGUCCUCUUUGCUAUCUCUACACCUAGAGGAAAACCAUCUCAGUCAUCUCCCUGACGCCUCAUUCUCCUUAAUGCCAAAUUUGCAGGAACUCUUUCUCAGCCACAACAACUUGCACUUCAUAGCACCAGGAGCAUUUGCAGGACUAGACUCCCUGCUGCGCCUCCAUAUCAACAACAACAAACUUACCACAGUUGACCCCCGGUGGUUCAGGGCUUUGCCUCAUUUAGAAGUUCUCAUGCUUGGGGGAAACCCUGUGGAAUCCCUGCCUGACCGUGGCUUCCUGGCCCUGAAAUCCCUGCGCAGUCUUGUCCUCGGCAGUAUGGGCCUGCGAGGCUUGGCAGAAAAGGCUCUAGAAGGUUUAGAGGGCUUGGAAAGCCUCUCAUUCUACGACAACAAGCUUACAAAAGUCCCCACUCAGGCUCUGAGGAGAGUGCCUGGACUGAAGUUCCUUGACCUCAACAAGAACCGAAUCAAACUGAUCGAGACAGGAGACUUCAGAGACAUGGUCUACCUGAAGGAGCUUGGCCUAAAUAACAUGGAAGAGCUUGUGUCCAUUGAGAAAGGAGCACUGGAGAACCUUCCAGAGCUCACUAAACUUGAGAUUACCAACAACCCACGACUGUCCUACAUUAAUCCGCAAGCGUUCCUCCAACUGAGUAGACUGGAGAGUCUGAUGCUCAACUCCAACUCUCUAAGUGCUCUGCACCAGCACAUUGUGCUCUCCCUGCCAAGUCUUCAGGAGGUUAGCUUACACUCAAACCCGCUGCGUUGUGACUGUCUGUUCCACUGGGCUGCGGAGGAGGCCUCUCACCCUCACACUGAAGAAACACAAACACCUCGGAUGGUGCGUUUUAUCCAACCACAGGCCACGCUUUGCUCUGAACCACCAGACCUCAGAGCUCGCAGGGUUAGAGAGGUCUCCUCCAGGGAGAUGUCAGCCUCAUGCCUCCCUGUGAUCCCUACCAGCUCCCUUCCCUCUUACGUUGGGGUAAGAGAAGGAGGAAAAUUGGUCUUGCACUGCAGGGCUCUUGCAGAUCCACAGCCUGAACUGUACUGGGUGACUCCCAAUGGGCUCAGACUUGGUCCUGUACUGAGCGGUACAUCUAAAGGUUCACCAGGUCCUGAUCCCUGCCACGUCAUGACAGUCUCUGAGGGACUUAACCAGACAACUGCCUCCAGCGUCUCUCCAAGCCACACUCAGGAUGAUCCUCCCUGUAACCCCUCCAAACACUACCGGCUACUGCCCGAGGGGACCCUGGAGAUGAACAAGGUGACCCUCAGCGAAGCAGGGUUGUAUACCUGUGUAGCUGAAAAUACACUAGGUGCAGAUACACGGAGUGUCACAGUAGGUGUUCAUGGCAGAGUAAAGAAAAGAAAGAAGGGGGGGACUGUGAAUUUAAAGGGAUAUGAGACAGUCAGAGCAGAUGCAAGAUUGGAGGUGAGAGAGGUUGGACAACACUAUGCUAUCCUCUCCUGGCACAGCGGUCACAACCUCCCUUCAACUCGUCUGUCCUGGCAAGCCAUUUAUUCAAAUGCACACACACCUACAUACACCACACGUAUCCUGGCCGGUACACAGAGCUUCAACCUGACACACCUGCAAGCAGAAACCUUCUACAGAGUGUGCCUACAUUUAGGGACCAGCGAGGGGGGUAAGCAUGGCAGCAGGAGAUCAAGAGAGAGCAGAAUGCCUCAGUGCAUUUCAUUCAGAACAAAAGAUGUACCAGAGCCUGAGCCCAGCCUGCAGAUUAGCCCUGAGCUGACCUCCACAGCAGUCACACUAUUGCUCCUCGCACUCAUACUGAUGCUGCUGGCAGGCCAGAGUUGGGACACAGAGCCCAACAAGGGGGCAGGAAAGCACCACAUUACCAUUCUCCAGGAAAUCAAAAGUCCAAAGGCUCUAAUCAUCAAUCAAAGAACAGAAGGGAACAACGAAAAUCAGCCUAAACAAAGUGAAAAACUUCUAUUAUAUCAGGGCUGCUGAAAUAUUGUUUUGGGCCAGAUUUGACUAAAGACAAAAACACACUAACACAGACAGACAUACAACACGUGAAAUACAUACACUUUGUGAAUCACAGUUAGAAGAGAUGAGUCAUAGCUAAGAGCAGUGGCUUGGAAAGAGAUUUGUAUUUAUUUUAUAUACCGUAUAAAGUAUAUAUUGACAUUGUUUCUGUGUAAACAUGUAUUGUACAGAAUGCCUAAACUCUAAACAGGGAAAAUGAAACUGGACAAUCAUACUCCUGCAACACAGUGAGUAAACACAGGAGAAACAAAUGAAUCUGAGCUGCCUGUGACCACUGAACUGGAACUAAAGAAAACCUGCUUUAAUCCAGGGACUGAUAUUCACAGAGGACAGCGGCUCAGACCUCCAGGGUACUUUUCAUUUUUCCUGUAUUAACGUGGUACAGAUUUUCUCUGAGCAGAUGUAACUCUGUCUUGAGACUGAAUGAAGUUUCUGCAUUGAUGUUAACAACCUUUUGCUUAGCUUCCAGUAUCUUAAACAAGGAUUUCAAUCUUGCAGUACAUAUACAUAGCCCUAAUACUUGUCCAAAUGUCCUGCCUAAAGUCCCACAUCCUCUAUAAGCAUAAAAGUGAUCUUAAAGUGAUUGUGAUAAAUUCUAUUUUGAGCUAUUAUAUAAUAAAAUCUAUUUAAAUUA